AUUGUAACAAAAAAGCGAAAUCUCUGGAAUACGCCUACGUCAGCAAAAUUGCAGUCAACUUAAAAGACAACAACAAAUCAGCAAGAAUUUCAAAUCCUUUAAAAACAAUUUUCAGCCAAACAAAACCAAACAACAAUCAUGGCCAUCAAACCCGGCUUGGGCCGCAAAACGAGCAACAAGAAUCCACCCAUACUUAGCCAUGAGUUUGUCAUACAAAACCAUGCGGACAUCAUUUCCUGCGUGGCCAUGGUCUUUGUCGUGGGUCUAAUGAACGAGUCGACGGCCUCAUUUGCCAGCGCUUUCAUCUCGCUGCAUCACAAUGUGAGUGGCGAGGAGGCGACGCGGGAGCAGCCCUAUGGCAAGCCCUAUACCUAUGUGGCCGGCAUCAAGGACUACUGCGCCAUUUUCUUCUACACGCUCACCUGCAUCAUUAUGCACGCCAUUAUACAGGAGUUUGUGCUCGACAAGAUUAGCAAGAAGCUGCACUUGUCCAAAUUCAAACUGGCGCGCUUCAACGAAUCCGGCCAGCUGGUGGCCUUCUAUCUGCUGUCGUUCAUCUGGGGCGCACAGGUCGCCAUGCGCGAGGGCUAUCUGGGUCAGGUGGCGCAGCUCUGGGAGGGCUACCCGCUGCAUCCGAUGAGCUUCCUGCACAAGUUCUACUUCAUCAUACAGCUGGCCUACUAUCUGCACAUGCUGCCCGAGCUCUAUUUCCAGAAGAUACGCGCCAAGGAGGAGCAACAGCCCAAGAUUGUACAUUCCAUUUGCGGCUUCACGCUCAUCGUGCUCGCCUACACGCUCAGCUUCCAGCGUCUGGCGCUGGUGCUGCUCACGCUGCACUACUUCAGCGAACUGCUGGUGCACAUCUUCCAGCUGAUUGGUGUGUUCGAUCGCGAGGAGCGUUUCGCUCGUGCCCGCAUUGUCAACAACGUGGUCUUUGUGCUCGUCCGCUUUGCCACCUCGGUGAUUGGUGUGCUCACUCUCUACUAUGGCAUCGGUGGAGCCGGCGGCAGCUACAAACUGCGCGCCCUCAUUGUGCUCGUCGGUCUGAUUGCCCUGCAGGGCUAUCUGGUCUUCUCGUUCAUUACGGAACAGCUGCGCGCCAAGCGUGAGGCGAAACGUGAGGCCAAGCUGCUGGCCGCAUCCACAAAGAAGGCCACCAAGGCGCCCAACAAGGACAAGCCCAAGCGCAAGAAGGAGAGCGAUCUGCCCGAGGCCGAUCAGACGUCGCCCAGCCCUGUCAAACAGAAGCUCAAGUGAGCGCGACGCCAGCGUCAGCGCCAGCGAGCGAGAUAGCACUAGCAGCAGCAGCAACAACAACAACAACAAAAUCUUCCGCACACUUCCAGACGCUCAAGCAACAACAACAACAACAACGACAACAACACGAACAGACGACUCUCUCACUUGUCUUACACAUUUACCGUUGCAUUUACAUUUUGAUUUCUCUCACUCUCUCUCUCUCUUUCUCUAACUGUUCCCUUGUCAAUAUUCAAAACUCUAAAUACGUUUGUUUUUCAUUUUAAGUUUUUUUUUAUUAUUAUUACUAUUAUUUGUACUUGAAAUAAAACCACAAAUUUUUUUAUUUUUAUACAUAAACAAACUAAUUUUGCGUUUGCGUGUGUGUGUGUGUACAAAUGAGAGCGACCAGCGUUAGUUACAACGAGACAGAGAGAGAUAGAGAGAGAGAGAGAGAGAGAGAGAGAGUUAGCUGUGAAGUGAGUUACUUUUACUGUUAAUUUAACGUUUUGAUCGUGUGGUUUUUUACGUCCUACAAAUCUAAUGUAACAAAAAAA